AUGCCAAAAUAAAACUUAAGCAACUACAUCAAGUUUUUUAACCAAAUAAAUGAUCUAGAGUAGAGAGGAUUUAUUACAUCUAAAUAAAAGCAUUUAUUGAAGGUGAAUCUGACCACCAAAGAGUAUCAAUUGAAUAAUCUUAUUUGCGCCAUCUAUGAUGAAUAAGAUUACUAAAGUGCCAUUCUUUAAUAUUUACAAACUAUUGAACCAUAACCGAAGAUAAGGUACCAAUCUUCAGGGGAAAAUGACAGUCCCAUAAGAUAAAGAAGGAGAGGAAACUCACUCUCAAGGGUUUCGUAAUUUAAUGAGUCUAAAUUAAUAGCAUAGUUAGAUGAACUGAAUGAUCAACUAAUGACUCUCUGGCAAUCCGAUUCAUAAUUUUACUUAAACCAAGAAAUCAAUGAAAAGCUCAGGAAAGUAGGAGAAUUUAUAACCAAAACAGCAACAUCAACUCCCAGCAAUUCGUAGAAAUAGGUAACAAACAUAACUGAUUCCAAUUAAGUGAUUGAGAAUCUUUCAUAACUAUAUAAGGAUAUGAAAUAACAUUUUAAUGACUAUUUGAGAUGCCAUCUCCUUUUAAUGGAUGAUAAAUUAUCUACCGAACAUUUAAAUAAUGUUUUAAGGGCUUUUAUGAAAAAUUUGGUAGAUGCUGAUGAAAUAUCAUUUAUAUUUAACAAUGAAGUUUACAGCUCGGAAGAUGGGUAAUUUAAUGAAAUAAAUUUAACUGAUCAGUAGAAAUUAGAAAUUCAAUCUAUUCUAGAGGGUAAUGUUAUUGAAAUUUCAGAAACAUACCCAGAAAUAGCUUCAUUAUUUUAAACUAAUAAAUUCAAAAGAAAUUAUGUACUAAAAAUACAGAAUUCCACUUGUUUAUUUUGCUUUCAUUCCAAAGGAGAACACAAAAUUAUUAUUGAAUCUUUUCUGUCCCUUUGCAAUGAAUACCAGUUUUUUGAAGAAGUCAACCAAUUGGCCUAAUUUCUACUUGAAACCCUAAAACAAGCCAGAGUUCAAUGUUUUAAUCCAUUACAACUGUCUCAUAUGAUUCAAGACAUAGGAAUAGCUUUUAUCAGAUGUUCUAAAUAUUUCUUUAUUCAUAAAUCGAUUUCCAUCUUGAGUGAAAGAUACAAAGUCUGCAAGGACAAUACAUCUUUUAUAAGUAUGCAUCCAUUUGUUGAAUUCGAUUUUAGAGAUUCCUUAAACUUAAGCAUUCAUAUAUGCUUUGAUUUAAAUAAAAAGGAAGAUAUGAAUGUUUAUAAAUAACUCAAUUUGAGUUUCAAUAAAUAUCUGAAGUUCAUUAAGCAAUGCUACGAUAGAACAACAUUCUACAAAUUUUUUGUGAAAUCUCAAGAUUCAUUGAUAUUUGAGUUUGAUAAGCAAGGAUAAAUUACAUUUGUCUCAUAACCAAUUACCAGUAAAUUGGCAGAAGAAUUCAACAUUAAUUUUAACCCUUAAUUUUAUAAUGCGUCCUACACAAGCAUAUUCAAGAAUAAGAGUCUGAUUCAGCAUAUUGAGAAUCAAUUACAGGAUCAAAAUAAAUGGAAAUUAACAGAUAGUAAUGCAACCUAUGAAGUGUUUAUGAAAAUGGAGGAGAAGUAUUUUAAAGGCUUUUUUGUGAUAUUUUAAUAAGGGUGGUUCAGAUAUAACUAGAAAUCACUUGAUGCAAAUUAGUGGUAAAAACUAAGAAAGAGUUUUCUUUAAUAAGAAACUAGACAAUAUUUGGAUAAGUUAGAAUAAAAACAUCCAUAACUAAAGAAUUCUGUAGUGUAAAUGUUUAAACCCAAGGCAACUCAGAAAUAAUCUUAAUUCAAAAAUUUCAGUCCAAGUUUUAGUCCUAGACAUCUAGAUUAAAGAAAUUCGCUUUAAGAAAGUGAGAGCAUUCGUUUGAUUCCAAAAACUAAAGGGAUUAAUCAUUUUUAUCCAGAUACAAUCACAGAGACUUGUAUUGAGAAUAUAGAUAACUUUGAAUUUAAUAUACUCCCUUAUAGUGCGGAUUGGUUAGAGAAAUAGAAAGUGGUAUUUUCAAUAUUGAGAAGGAAUAAUUUCAUUGAAGACUACAAGAUAAGUGAGGAUGCCUUAUGCAGUUUCUUAUGUGCAUUGGAAUAUAAAUAUAAUAAGAGAGGCAAUUAAUUUCAUAAUUAUGAUCAUGGAGUAACAGUUAUGUAAUGUACACAUGCUAUCAGUUUGGAAAUAAUGAAGACCUAAUAUGCACAUUUAUUGAAUCAAUUCACGAGAUUUGCAUUGAUUCUCUCUGGACUGUGUCACGAUGUAUCUCAUACAGGAAGAACAAACAUUUUUGAGAUCAAUAGCUUAUCCAAUUUGGCUAUUAGAUAUCAUGAUAGAAGUGUGUUAGAAUAACAUCAUGCAGCCACUUCAAUAAAAUUGUUAUGUGCUCCUGCAACAAACAUUAUCCCUAAUUUUACAUCAUCUGAAUUCAGAGAGUUUCGUAAACUCUUCAUUUCUAAUAUUCUAUAUACAGAUAUAACAGAGCAUUUCAAUUUAAUGAAAAACUUUGAGGCCAGAAUGAAGGAACUGAACUUUGGAACUGAAGAUGACAUCAAAUUAAUGACAGGUAUGAUUAUUCAUACAUCUGACUUCACUGGAGGAGCCAAACCAUUUAAAUUGAGUAGGGAAUGGAGUACAAGAGUGAAUAUGGAAUUCUAGGAAUAAUACAGUUUGGAAGGCAAAUUUGGAUAUCCCCAACUGCCGUACAUGAAGGAUUUAGAUUAAUUACCUAUUAUGGCCAAAUCGGAAGUUGGGUUUUUCAAAUUCAUAGUACGACCUCUUUGGUCCAUUAUGUCCAAGUUUGCUGAAGACAGGUUGCAAUAGAGUGUUGAUAAUCUUGAACAAACUAUUGUGGAAUGGGAGAAACUAAUGAUAAAUUGA